AGGAGGGAUUCUGGUUGCCAUGGAGACGCCUAAGGAAAGCAAAGAGCGCAGCGACCAGACCGUACCUGAUGGAGGUGAAGAGGAGGAGGAAGAGGAGAAGGUGCGAGGAGUUCAGGCUCAUUACCUGCGCUGCCCGUCUCCCAGCUUCUCCACGGCUUCAGACUCCAGGUUUUCCCUGAUUUCUGGUUCUGACGCCGCCAGCAUCUUCAUGGAGCCCAUCCACCUGUCCUCCGCCGUCGCUGCCAAGAAGAUCAUCAAUGAAGGUAAAGCUGAUCAGACGACCUUUCUUCCAUCCGGCUCGGUCAGACCGGACAGAGAACGUCACAUUUUAACUCCUGGCACAGAUUUAGGUCUGUACUUUGACUAGGCCGUUCUAACAUAAGGACAU